GGAAGGGACACGGCAGGAGGGAGAGCGACCUGCUCGGCGGCCGGGCUCUGCCGUCCCUGGCAGCACGAGGCAAGAUGAACAAGAUGAAAAACUUCAAGAGGAGGUUUUCGCUCUCGGUGCCGCGCACGGAGACCAUCGAGGAGUCUCUGACGGAGUUCACGGAGCAGUUCAACCAGCUCAACAACCAGAGGAACGAAGACCUGGCUCAGGGACACCUGCAGCUGGCACAGCUGGGCAGGGAGGUGGCAGCUGACGGCAGCCCGGUGUCCCCGCCCGAGGGACAGGGCCGGUCGCCGGUGGCCGCCGUGCGCUACCGCAACCACGGCCAGCGCCGCUGCUCCAUGGAGGAUGUCAGCAAGCGCCUCUCGCUGCCCAUGGACAUCCGGCUGCCCCCCGAGUUCCUGCAGAAGCUGCAGAUGGAGAGCCUGGAGCUGCCCAAGCCCCUGAGCAGGAUGUCCCGCCGGGCCUCCCUCUCAGAUAUUGGCUUUGGGAAGCUGGAAACCUACAUUAAACUGGACAAACUGGGAGAGGGCACCUACGCCACGGUGUUCAAGGGCCGCAGCAAGCUGACGGAGAACCUGGUGGCGCUGAAGGAAAUCCGCCUGGAGCACGAGGAGGGCGCUCCGUGCACGGCCAUCCGGGAAGUGUCGCUGCUGAAGAACCUCAAGCACGCCAACAUCGUCACCCUGCACGACAUCAUCCACACCGAGCGCUGCCUCACCCUCGUCUUCGAGUACCUGGACAACGACCUCAAGCAGUACCUGGAGAACUGCGGGAACCUGAUGAGUGUGCACAACGUGAAGAUCUUCAUGUUCCAGCUGCUCCGUGGCCUGGCUUAUUGCCACGGCAGGAAAAUCCUACACCGAGACCUCAAACCCCAGAACCUGCUCAUCAACGAGCGAGGGGAGCUCAAGCUGGCUGAUUUUGGAUUAGCCAGGGCCAAGUCUGUCCCCACAAAAACCUACUCCAACGAGGUGGUGACGCUCUGGUACCGGCCCCCCGACGUCCUGCUGGGAUCCACCGAGUACUCCACGCCCAUCGACAUGUGGGGGGUCGGCUGCAUCCACUACGAGAUGGUGACGGGCCGGCCGAUGUUCCCCGGCUCCACGGUGAAGGAAGAGCUGCACCUCAUCUUCCGCCUGCUGGGAACCCCCACCGAGGACACCUGGCCUGGGAUAACGUCCAACGAGGAGUUCAAGGCUUACAACUUCAGCCAGUACCGAGCCCAGCCACUGCUGAAUCACGCCCCAAGGCUGGACUCGGAAGGUGUUGACCUGCUGACAAAUCUGCUCCUGUACAGAGCCAAGGGCCGGAUCUCAGCCGAGGCAGCCCUGCAGCACCCCUACUUCAGGAGCCUGGGCGAGCGCGUGCACCUCCUGCCUGACACUGCCUCCAUCUUCUCCCUGAAGGAGAUCCAGCUCCAGAAGGACCCCGGCCAGCGAGGCUCAGCCUUCCAGCACUCAGCCCGCGGCAAGAACAGGAGGCAGAGCAUAUUUUAAAUCGGGAUCUGGCGUUGCCCUGGUUGCCAUGGCGAUGGAAGCGCUGAGAAAGGAGCGGCUCCCACCCGACCCUCGGCAGAAUUCCCGGCUCCAGCAGGACCCAAACCCCGGGAGCUGCCCUCCUGUGGCCUUGUCCCCCCCUUGUCUUGGUGUUGUCCCCUCCGAGAGGAGCUCCAGGGAGGAGCCUGUGCUGCUCGGGAGGAUCAGGGGGGGAUUUGUGGG